AUGCACAAAACUCGCAAUCAUAUUGGCAAAUUAACGGCAUACAAAAAAGAAUCUCCUAAUGAGGUGAGAAAUUAUAUUUUUCCAGAAGUAAAUAGAUAAAUAAAAUAACUUUUUUCAGUUACCCUUUCAUAUUGUUAAAAUCGAGCUUCAACCUGAACUUCUAGAAAGUCCAAUUUUCAAAGUUCGAAUGGAAAAAAGCACCGACACAACAUUUGAAUGUGUCAAAACAAAAAUUUCAAGAACAUACGAGAAAAGGACUCAUACGAAUGGACCAACAAAUUUAGGAUAUCUUUCCGAAUUUUUCGAUGAAAGUGAUAUUGUCUGUUCGAAAUUCUUGUGCGAAUUGUUCUUUUGUUAUCGUUUUCGUUUUGGAACAAUUGAUAUUGUAUUGGUAAGUUUUUUCAUUGCUUGAAAAAUUAAUUUUUCGAUUAAAUGUUUGUUUUUCAGCCACCAAGAUUGGAAUGUUUUGAAGAUAGACAAUAUAAAAGUGAUGUGAAUCGAUUGGAAGUUAAAGUUCUGGAAGAUGAAACAGAUACUGGGCUCAUAAAUUGGUGGCUGUCAAAAUUCGAAAAUAAAACUGAUGUUCUCAAAAUUACAGCGAAACGGAACAAAAUGGAAAUUGCUUAUAAUUUGAUGGUAAGUUAAAACCAAAUACUUGGAAUCAAAAAUAUCAAACAUUUUCAGCUGAAAAUGACAGAUCGUGUAGAAGUUAGUGGAAAUACAGAUAUCAAUGUCAACACAUUCAUUGAGUAUAAAGGAAAUUGCUUUUUCUACAAAAAUAUUCCUCGAAAUUGGUCAUUGACAGAUGAAGAUGUUGAACAAUUAUGUAUUGUAAGUUUCAGGAAAAAAGUAUUAUUUUCUCGAAAUAAAAAUUGAAUUAUUCAGGCUCUCAAUGAACAUUCUGGAUCAAAGCGAAUAUUUUUGAGUUGGGGAGAUCCAUUGAAAGCAAGACGAUUCAAGGAAUUUUUGAAGCAGAAAUAUCCGGAUUUUAUGAUGGAAACACCGCAUUUUUUGAGAAAAAAUGAACUUCUUUAUUUUUAUUUCAAAAUGACCGAAGGAAGAACUGUCUUGGGUAAUUUUUGCACACUUGAUUUUGUUAAUGCCACCGAACUGGAUAGAGUUGGAAACGAACUAUGA